AUGGCACGACAUAGAGCAAACUUAAAACAAGCGAAUGUUACAAAAAAGAAAAAAAGAAGUUGGAAUUGUUGGGAAAAAUUGGCAAUUAUUACAUAUUUAGAAAAAAACCCUAGUGCUAGCAAACGAAACACUACAGAAAAAUUUGGCAUAGAACCAAAACAAUUACUUAAAACUAAAGCCCAACAGUUAGCCAGACAAUUGCAUUUUAUUUCAAUUUAUCCAAAUAUUAAUGAAUAUAAGUGGAGUGAUAAAUGGCUAGAUGGUUUUAUGCACCGUCAUAAACUAAGCAAUCACUGUCGAACUACUGUUGCACAAAAAUUACCAGAAGAUCUUGAACCAAAAAUAAAUCAAUUCUUAAAUUUUAUACUUUAUCGACGUAUACAAUACGAUUAUCCCCUUGCUCUUAUGGGUAAUAUGGAUGAAGUUCCACUAGCAUUUAAUAUGCCAUCAAAUC